AUGGAAGCUGCUAUUCGAGAUGCCCCCUUUGGGCAGAUUGUUCGCUACCUGACAAACAACAAAUACUUCAAAUACCCGGAAGAACAACCCGACUUCAAGCUCCCCGAUGCCUGGCUUCAGCUAUUGAACGAUUCUGCUGCAAGCACCAUUGGAGACGAAAAGGUUAAUCCCGAAGAUACCAAUAACAGCAGCGAGCCCUUGAGUCGGACCUCCACCAUAGCUUCUUUGACACCCUCCGAAGCCCGUCUCGAGACUGAGCUACAACAUGAGAUCGAAAAAACAAAAUCUAUUCCAAUUACACCCAAGAAGACAAAGGAUGGAGCCAUCCUCGUUGAUUGGUACUACACUGACGACUCGGACAACCCUCACAAUUGGUCCAAUCGAAAGCGUGCUCUCAUCGCCACCAUCAUUUGUCUAUAUACCUUUGUUGUAUACACCACUUCUGCCAUCUAUACAUCCUCCACAGAGGGGGUCAUGAAGGAGUUUGGUGUGAGUACCCUGAUCGCAACUUUGGGCCUGUCGCUCUAUGUUCUUGGAUAUGGAAUGGGUCCCCUUGUCUUCUCUCCACUGAGUGAGAUCCCAGUCAUUGGACGCAAUCCAGUCUACAUUGUCACAAUGUUCCUCUUCGUCAUUCUCUCCAUCCCAACGGCUUUGGUAAAAAACUUCGCCGGCUUGAUGGUUCUUCGUUUCCUUCAGGGCUUCUUUGGCUCUCCAUGUCUGGCAUCUGGAGGUGCCUCAAUCCAAGACAUGUAUAGCCUGAUGUCUCUUCCUUACGCCAUGAUGGCUUGGGUUUCUGCCGCUUACUGUGGACCUGCCCUCGGACCCCUUCUCAGUGGUUUCGCCGUCCCAGUCAAGGGCUGGCGUUGGUCCCUCUACAUAUCAAUCUGGGCUUCUGCCCCAGUCCUGAUCCUGAUGUUCCUGUUCCUCCCGGAAACCAGCACUGCCACAAUCCUGCUCAGGCGUGCUGCCCGCCUGCGCAAGAUUCACAAUAACAGCCGGUUCAUGUCCCAGUCUGAGAUCGACCAGCGGAACAUGCAUGUCUCAGACAUUGCCGUGGAUGCUCUGAUCAAGCCUUUGGAAAUCACCAUCAAGGAUCCAGCCGUGCUUUUCGUCCAGAUCUACACGGCCAUCAUCUAUGGCAUCUACUACUCUUUCUUCGAGGUCUUCCCCCUCGUCUACCCAGUCGACUACAACAUGAACCUCGGCCAGAUCGGUCUCGUCUUCCUAUGUAUCAUGGUUUCAUGUAUCGUCGGAAUAGCCAUUUACGUCGCAUACAUCCACUACUGGAUGAAUCCCCGCAUUCGACGCCUCGGGUUCGGAGCACAAGAGUCCCGUCUUCUUCCCGCUCUGCCUGCUUCUUUCGGUCCUACUAUCGGUCUCUUCCUUUUUGCUUGGACUGCUCGCGCAUCUAUUCAUUGGAUCGCACCCACCAUUGGCAUCACCAUUUACGGCGCGACGGUCUUCAUCGUCAUGCAAUGUAUCUUCGUUUACAUCCCGCUCAGCUACCCCCAGUAUGCGGCUAGUUUGUUCGCGGCAAAUGAUUUCUUCCGCAGUGCUCUUGCUUGUGGAAGUGUGUUGUUUGCGCAUCCGCUGUUCGGGAACCUGGGUGUGGCUAGGGGUGUCAGUCUUCUUGGUGGGUUGAGUGUUAUUGGUAUCAUUGGUAUUUGGCUGCUUUACUUCUAUGGCCGCAGACUUCGUGCUUUGAGCAAGUUUGCUCUUUCGGAGUAG